AUGUUGCAUACUAUCGAUUCCUUUUUGCUUCUUGUUCCUGUGGUUAUUGUCCUUUAUUUCUUGUAUACCCUCCUCCGACUUCUCGUCCGACAGGCUUCCUCCCCUCUCCGAUACCUCCCUGGACCCCCUGCGCAAUCUUUCUUUGUUGGAAAUCUGCGCGAAUUGCACGACCAAGAAAACAAUAAUAUUAUUCUACGCUGGGAGGCACAGUACGGCAGCACUUUUAUUUAUCACGGAUUCCUCGGCGGGUGUCGGCUUAUGACUACUGACCCUGUCGCGGUGGCAUAUGUUAUGAAUCGCGCGUACGAGUAUCCCAAACCAGACUGGGUGAGAGCUGCUCUUGCCGGUAUGGCCUCAGGGGACGACGGGUUGCUGACGGUGGACGGAGAGGUCCAUCGCAAGCAGCGCAAAAUACUUAACCCUGCAUUCUCUUCCUCACAUGUGAGACUAUUAAAUCCAGUAUUCUGGGACACAGCCGUCAGGCUCCGAGAUAUAUGGUUGGAUAUAAUAUCAUUGCAACCUCAAUCAAAUCGUCUCCCCGACGUCUCAAAUUCCUCGGCAGACUUACCGACAAGCACCAAGACCUCGACCGUUUCUUCUAAUCAUGUCACGGCCUCUACAACUUCUUUCCUUCUUCCUCAAUGCUCCGCAAACUCCGAAGCGACACAGCGUACCCACUCGCAGAGCCGAUCUCCGCGAAUCAACGACCCGGUUUCGCCCAUUUUACCGGCAUCUCCAACGGUAGAUGUCCUUCCAUGGUUCGGACGCGCGACACUCGACAUCAUCGGCAAGGGAGGCUUCGGGUACGACAUCGACUCGCUAUCGACUGCAGCUCAAUGCAACGCGGGGGAGCCCAACGAGAAUGAGCUGGCACACGCGUUUAGCAUAAUUUUCAGCUCUGCGACCAAGCUCAGUGUCUUUGCCGUACUGCACGCGUGGUUCCCUGUGCUAAGGAACUUUCGUAGUAACAACUCCACUAUGAAGCAGGCACACGCCACCAUGCGCCGAAUUGGGCUGUCUCUGAUUGAGGAGCGACGAGCAUCCAUUACGGCCGACCCAGUCUCACAGCUAGUCGGAGGGACAGACGAUUUGGAUGAUGAUAUGCCAUUGUCAGGACAAGAUCUUCUUAGCAUUCUCAUCCGAUCCAACCUGUCCUCUGUCUCGUCUCAGCGGCUAUCCCUCGAAGAGAUACUCUGCCAAAUUUCCACCUUCCUUUCAGCAGGACACGAAACAACUGCGGCCGCACUGACAUGGACGCUGUAUGCUCUCGCACGCGCGUCCGACAUACAAGCGACUCUUCGCAAUCACCUUUGCACUGUUCCCACCCUACUCUCUGGUGAUUCCUGUACUCCCCCGUCUUCCGCACUAUUUGACGCGAUCAACCGUCUCCCCUACCUCGACUACGUCGUGCGCGAGUCACUGCGCCUGCACUCACCAGUCGUCUCCACAAUGCGUGUUGCCACAUCGGACGACGUGAUCCCUCUAGAGCGGCCAUUGCGUGACCGCCGCGGCCAUGUGUGCACAGAGGUCCGCGUGAAGCGGGGAGAUCUCGUGAGCAUCCCCCUCCAGGCGCCGAACAAGAGUAAGAGAGUGUGGGGCGAGGACGCAGAGGUGUUCCGUCCGGAGCGGUGGGAGGAGAUGAGGGAGGAGAUGAAGCAGGACACCUUGGAUGGCAGGAAAUCGAUCCAGCCUGGCUUGUGGGGCAACAUGUUGACGUUCGGGCACGGGCCCAGAGCAUGCAUCGGCUACCGCUUUGCUCUCAGCGAGAUCAAAGUCUUCCUGUACGUACUACUCCGUGACCUAGAGUUCUCCAUCGACUCGUCCAUCGAAAUUGAGAAGAAGAUCAACGUGGUCGCCCGUCCUUGCGUCAAAUCUCAGCCAGACAAUGGUAACCAGAUGCCUCUGCGCAUUCGCCGCGUUCACCCCUUCCCUUGUUAA